GGUAACUUAAGACUAUAUAUUUAUAGUAACAGUCAUUUAGGUAUAAAAACUCAAAAAUGUACAUUAACCAACCGUGAUGAUUGACAUUAUGAAUUACGACACAAUAACGGUAAUCAGUUCUGUUUGCAAAGCAAUCCUUCAGUAUUGUGCCAACUCGCAUCCGUUUGAAGAGCGUACACUCGCCCUUGAUCAACCAGUCAAGAUUGGACGUCUGUUGGCUAAAGCCAAAGUAAGUCCUCACAAUGGGAUUUUUGAUUGUAAAGUCUUGUCGAGAAACCACGCCCUGCUAUGGCACGAAAAUGGAAAAUUUUUUUUACAAGACACAAAAAGUAGUAACGGCACGUUUGUUAACAACCACAGACUCAGUAAAAGUGGUGAAGAGUCUAAACCACAAGAAGUGUUUAGUGGAGAUGUGGUCCAGUUUGGUGUUGACGUGAUUGAAAACUCUAAAAACAUAUCUCACGGCUGUAUUACAGCUGUAUUAAAAUUAUUUCAUGCUGACGGUACAGAGGCUAAAUCUAACCCUGUCGAAAAUUUUAUUAGUGAUGUAUCUACUCAAGAUUUAUACACCAUAGAUGCUUAUAUACGAGAUGCAAUGCACAGGGAAGCCAAUUUAGAAAAUAAAUUAUUUAACUUGGAAAGGCUGUUAUCCAACAUAAUUGGGGAAACAGAUAAUAGUUGGAAAGCCCUCGUUGCUGAGGAUCGUUUAUUAUCCAAAAUUGAAUUUUUAGAAAAUCAACUGCAGUACUACAAAAAGGAUCAUGGGGAAGAUGAAAUGAAACAGGAAAUAUGUGAUUUAAAACAAUAUAAAUUUUCAUACCAAGGAAUGGCUAAAGAUUGUUUAAAAAAAGAAAUGGAAGAAAAAUUGAAAUUGAUGCAGAAAUGUCAAGAAUUAGAAAAUCUGUUGAAACAUUCCAUAACUGAACAAAGUGCAUUGAUGAAGCAUCUGAAUGAUGCACAAGAUGAAAUCAAAGAAGUGUGUUCUAAGUUAAAUACAGAAGUUGCUAAUCAUGAAAAUUGUAUGAAAGAAUUUGAUGCAUCAAAAGAAUUACAUGAAACCGAAUUAAAAACCCUACAAGAAUCAAAAAAUGAAAUAGAAAUUAACUUUAAUAAUAAAUGUGAAGAAAUCGAAAGAUUAAGAGCGGAAAUAGCUAAAAUGAAUUAUGAGAUCAAUACACGCAAUGUGCUUCUUUUGACCUUACAAAAUGAACAUGAGCUUACUGAAGAUAUUUCUCUUAAUAAGUACUUUAAUGAUAUAAUGUCGUAUAUUGUACAUAUAUUACAAGAUCGUCAGACGUAUCUAAAUCAAAUGAACUCUCUACAAAGUCAAAUGCAAAAACACAUAAAACAAAAAGCUGACUUAGAAAAUCAAGUAUGCCAGUUACAGACAGAACUUGAUCUUAAUCAUGAAUUGUUAGUGAACUGUUCCAAGAUUAAAAAUGUGAAUGAAACAGAUAAUACGGAUCCUGAUCAACUAAAAAUGAUUAUAUUGAAUGAUGAUAGUUUAAAAAAUAUUGAUGUUAUAUCUAAAGACAUUGAGAUUCAGACAGAUUUUUAUAAACAGAAAUCUGAUGUCAUUGAAUUUAGACUAUCUGAAGCAAAAGAUGUACUGCUGGACUGUAUAACUAAUUUGGAUGAUCAAGAAUCCACUAUAAAACAUCUUAAAAAAGAGAUUUCUUGUAAAGAUAUUGUACUAUUGUUGAUGUCUGAAUAUUUAUGUCAGGUAUCAAGUAUUGACUCUAAUAAUUUACAAAAUGUGCCAGACAUACUACAAAAAAAUCUUUGCUCUUUCAGUAACUCAAAAGGUCUUGACCAUUGUUUAGAUGAUUUAAAAGUAUCUCAAAUUGAGAGUUUGAAUACAUCCCAAAUACAGAAAAAUUCUAUUGUAAACGAAGUCGUGAUACAAGAAAUCAGCUCUGAUACAGUGGACACUAAAGAAGAUUCAGUAUUUGACCAAAAUGAAUUAGAACAAAUUCGUAAUGAAUAUGAUUUAUGUCUAACAGAAAAAAACAAUCUGAAAUAUGAAUUAGAGCAAAUCACAUUGAGAUGCAAAGAGUUAGAACAAACUCCAAAUUUCCACUUGUUUUUCGCGUUACCAUCAAUAGUAUUAUUUUUAGUCAUAGUAAUUAGAUUUUAUUCUUAUUUAUCCUAUUUAACAGGAACAUCCGAAUAAGUGCAAUUAACAAUAUUAUUUAUAAUUUUACUGUUAUUAGUUUUAAAACUGAAAUGAUUUUUGAGCUCAGGUAUUCUAUAAACUACCGUCAUAAACAAAUAUUUAUAUUAAAUUAUAAAUAUAAAAGUAAAUCAAAACAAAUCUUAGUUAAAAACAAUAACACAAUUUUAUCAACUGUGAAGCUGGAUCACAUCUCUUUUAAAAUAAUUAAAUUUAUCAUCCAGCUUUCUGUUAUAUUUGCCAUUAGUAGUUAUGUAUUUUUUUUUAAUAAUUAUAAACUGAUAUUACUUAAUAUGUGAUUCCAUCCAUAUAAUAUAUUUUUUGAAAUUAUACAUGUUUUUUUUACUCAAACUUAAAAGAUAAAAUAUAUAUAUAUUUAUACAUUUAUGCUUAUUGGUUUUUUCAUAAGCCAUUAAUUAAUAUCCUUACAUUUUCGAUGCUAUGAAAGUAUUAAAACUUAUUUUUUUUCUUACAUUAAUUGUUUAACUUUUUGUUAUAAUUUUCUUAGCUUUUCGUUGUUUUUGUUGUUCCCUUAUGCAAAAUUGAUCUAUGAACUAUAUAUCCUAUUAUUAUGACGCUAAAUUAUAUUUAUUAUUUUUAAAUAAUCGAGUUUUAUAGUUUAAGAUCUGUAAUAGUUUAAUCUAAGAAUUUUUAAAACUAUUUAAUAUGUUUAAAAUUUAAACUAUUUAAACAUGAAAUAUUGUAUUGCAUUAAAUUACUUUUAAAUUAAAUAUUGAUUUACUACAAUAUUUAAGUCUUAGUGAUUUCUGUUAGUAUCAAUACAUUUUUAAUUAUUUGAGAUUGUUUUAUAAGUAUGUGUAAUUAAAAUGUGUUAUAAGACAAUGUAGUAUGUGUAAAUUCUAUUCUCAAAAAUACUGGGUUAUUUCGAAGGCAUGAAUGCUAUUGAAUUUUAUUUCAGUACUUUUUUUUAUUUAUUUAUUCAUCUAAUAUAUUUAUAUUGCCACAUUAUUAUUUUUUUUUUUUAAAUAACUUGUAUUUAAUGGAAAUUAUGUACUCAUUGACUGAACCAUCGAAAUCCAAUUAAUACUGUAAAAAUCUAUAUGUUAUAGUUAAUGUUGUAUGUUAUUGAAUUAUUAUAAACAUAAAUCAUUUUAGUCAUUAAUAA